GCGCCAAUGUCAAUCCGCCAUCUUUUACAGUGGCUUUUUUCUUCGAGAAUUUCUUCAAGUUUUUGUGACGGGUUUUCACAACGAAAUCCCACGUAUUUUCUAUCCAUUUAUAGUGCAUUGUGUCCCCCAAAUCAUGAGAAGGAGAAUGUCGUAUGAUGAUGACGAAGAUAUCGAUGCUCUGCGUCUGGCGGCUCUGCAGAGUCUCAACCACACCCGGAAGCCCAUCUCAAAUCCCAUACAAGUGGUGGAGUCCGUGGUGCCGCACCACAAGCUGCGAUUCGAGGAGGAGAUCUUCAACCGAACGCACCCUGGAGGCCAUCCGGAAGCCACUUUCUGCCCAGCCGAGAAGAUCAGCGUGUUCAGUGCCUCCGGAACGACCAACGGGCAGUGGCACUCGCCUGCUGAACAGUACGUGCCGCCGUACGUGGCCCCCGGAGCGCCCACAGAUGUGCAGCUGUCGCCGCGGAGCGCGGCUUUUGUACAGCAAAACACGUCGAUUUUGCGUCGUCGGAAGGGCGACAAGUCGCCCAGCGUCACCCCGCCGCUGUACACCGCCCAGGCGGGUCCCUGGGACCCUGUAUCGCCCGUAUUCUCCUUCCGCUCGCGCACGCCUUCGCCUCCGUCGCCCAAGCGCUUCUACUCGCGCUCGCCCAUUCGCCGGGAGCGCUCCAUCUCGCGCUCUCCUCCUCCUGCGGCUGACAUCUACCGGCUGCGCCGACGGACGAGAUCCAGAAGCCCGCUGGCGAGACGUCAGUCGCCCAGAUUCGCAGGACGCAGUCGGAAUUCCUCUCCGCGGCCGGUGAGAUCGCGAAGACAAUCGCCGAGAGGAAGUCCUCCGCUGAGGGCCGCCAGGAAGCCCUCGAGAAGUCCCGUGAGAGUGCUGCGGCAUCGCUCGCAAUCGCCGCCGGCGUCCAAGCGGACCAAAUCGCCGCUGGUGCGGAAACCGCGGAGGCCCAGAGAGGCUCCGGCGGCCAGGAGACGAUCACCGGACAGACACGUCGGUGGGAAGUACAAGAACGACAGGAGGCCGAGAAAUCCUCCUCGAGAAGUGAAGGAGGAGAAGAAGGCAGCUUCGCCCAGGCCGAGGCGACGCUCAAGGAGUCGAACUCCGCAGGGAGACGCGAAAGUGGCUGAGAAGAAGGCCGAGGAGCAGAAGCUUGAGGUGGAGAGCAGCGGUGAUAAGGUUCCGGAGGAGAAGGAGAGGAAUCCACCCUCAAGUGGCGAGGAGAAGGAGGAAGUUGAGGAUGCGAGUGAGGGAGAAAAUGGGGCGGAUGAGAUUGAUCUGUUCGCAUCGGAGGAGUCUGAGUCUGAGAAUGAGGGACGCUUCAAGUCCAGCAGCAGCAAGAAUGAGCGUCCGACGCAGGCGACUGUGUCCUUCUCGAAGCUGGUGACAGAGCCUGUGGCGAGUUUGACGGAACUCAAGGAGUUGCCGGCACUCUCGAGUGUCGCCAGUGCGCCGCGAGAGCGCAGCGACAGGCGGCCGGAGAGGAGUGGCCGGGAGUACAAUCGCAGCCACCGGAAGCGCGGCAGGGAUCGCAGGAAUCCGCGAAGGGAGAGAGACUCAAAGUCCGGAGGCGGAAAGGAUGCCGACAAGGAUUCCAGAUCGAAGUCCAGCACGAGAAAUCACGGAGAAUCCAACAUGAAAAUGUUCAAGUCAACAUUUCAGGCUGUCGUUGUGAAUGACGCGAAGAAGCCAUCAGAUUCCUCUUCUGGUGAUGCUUUCAGCGAAAAGGUAGUCAAAGAUGUGGACAAAAGGAAGGUUAUCCAAAUCAAGAGGCCAAUAUUCAGGGAGACGAAAGAUAAAUCCGAGGCGGAUGUGCAGCCAAAUGGUCAGACGACGCUGGGAAUUGGCGAGGGAAAGGUGAAGAAGUCGAUCCACUUGCGCCUGGGCGGCUAUGCGACGCCAAACGGAGAGCCGUCGUCAUCGCUGAGCAGCGUCCUCGCGACGACGUCGUCCAAGUCCAUCAAGAGCAGCAGCAGCAGCAGCAGCAGCUUGGCGAGUGUGAAGAAGUCCUGGAAGACGUCAGAGAAGGUAUAGAGAGAGAGACAGAGAGAAUGAACAAAAAGCUAUCAAGCUUGAAGCCGAAGGAGGACAAAGACCACAAGACACACACACACUCUCAUCGGCUUUCUUGCUAAUCUGACUCGCGAUCAUCAAAGGGAUCAUCGGAACACACUGGAUUUUGUCUCUGCAAGAAGUUACCUGAGGACUAAUCGACCAAGAGGGAUAUUCGGCUGACUCUGAUUUUGCCUGCUCGGAUGGACAAAUUCUCCGUGCUUCACGAGUGUGACAACGCAUGUCCUGCACGCCCAACAUUGUCUCCUCACUCACGCUGAACGUCCGCCAGACGCUGUCGACGGAAUUAUUGCCAUUAUAAGUCAGCAUCACACGCAACUCUACUUUUCUUUCUCUGUUCAAACAAAAAAAAAUCAAUGUAUUUUGUAUAUAAUGUGAACUUUUCAACAACAAAAAAAACAAAGAUGUACGGCAAAAUGUAAAAAUAAAAAGAUAAAAUUUUAA